AUAGUGAUGCCAAGGAGAAAAAGUUGCACAUUUGUAGGAGGUUUUUAGAAAUGAAGGGUGGCUAGGUUUUAUUUAAUACUCCCUCUGCCCUAAAACCAACUUCCCAUUGCAUUUUAUGAUGUUUGACCUAAGUUAUUUUUAAUUUAGUUUUUACGAAUACCGGUGUGGAAUUUAAAAAUAAAAUUUACAUAUUUUAAAACUAAAAGAUCUAUGAAACUAGAGGUGACAUGAUUAUAACUAUAGGUGACAUGAUUAUAUUUUUUUAAUAAAAAAUAGUAACGAAAAGAAGCUAACAUAGUGGAUAGAGUUUGACUAGUAAGUAGUGAACGGGAAGAUAAUUUUAGGAUGGAGGGAGUAGCAUUUUGCGAGUUGUGCUUCGGCCCAUUAAGUUGUUUUCAAUGCUGGUUUAUGCUGAACGCUUUGGUGAAAUUAAUUGUUAAUAACAACUAACAUAUUGACAAAUGGUGUACUAAAUCAAAACAGUUUUCAAUUUAAGAGGAUUAAAAAUUUAAAAUCUGUAUUAUCUUAAUAAAAGCAAAACGAUUUAACUUAAUUUGUAUGAUGAUUUUUUUUGACUUGUGUUAUCUAAAAGUGAUUAUUUAUUUUGGCAUGACACGUACAAGUACAUCUUAUUAUUUUAUCUGAUAUUGCUUUAAGUUUUUUUUGUGAACAAUAUUGUGUAUAUUUUUUUUUUAUUACUUUAAGUCUUCAAGAUAUAAUGUCAUUGCACAAAUAAGAUGAAUUUUAUGGAGAAUAUCUUUUACCAUAUUUUAAUAAUUUUAUUUAUUGAUUCUAGGCGUAAGCCCAUAAGGCAUAGUCUGCCCCCGGGUUUUCCUUUCAUUGCCUUGGCAAAAUUUUAUAAUGCUUCUUUAAAGAAAUAUUUAUGAAUUAAACUCAUUUCAAUUUUAAAUGAUAAAUUCUAUUCAAGCUCUGUUUAGACUUCGGAUGGGAAGGAUGAGGCUAAGAUUUAUAAGUAUAACUUUACAAAAUAGCUAUUUUAGAAUUUAAGGUGUAAUGUUGCGGCAGGUGGGGCUAGGGCUGCUCUAAUUUUUGACAUGAGGGCAUAUGUGGGAAUUCACAAGGAAAUUCAUCCGGCCCUAUCCCCUUUGUUAGCAAUGGUGCCUCGUCCUAUGAGUUAAGUCAGUGGGGCUACGCUGAGGAAAGAUCAUGCUACUAUCCAUGGUGUAAUUGUGUUAAAUGUUUUCCAUCAUGAUAAUGGCUUUACGUAUCUUAUGUGGCAGGUCAAGGCCCCUGUCAUUGUUGUGAGUUGUAUGCUUGACAUGAGGGAUGAUCAACAAGCUAUUAGUUUGGAGCAGGUUAUGUUGCCCAUAAUGCAACAAUUCAGGGAGAUCGAAACAUGUAUUGAGUGCUCUGCGUACAAACUAAUUCAGGUUUCUGAAGUUUUCUACUACGGACAAAAGACUGUUCUGCACCCAACUGCUCCACUGUUUGAUCAGGAAGCUCAAACUUUAAGACCAAGAUGUGUGAGAGCUUUGAAACGAAUUUUCAUUCUUUGCGACCAUGAUAGGGAUGGAGCCCUUAACGAUUUUGGAUAACUU